GGAAACAUGGCGGCCAGCUUCCGCGGCCGUCCUAUCCGGAGUCUUCGGAUGCGAGGUCGGAAUGACAGCGGGGAGGAGAACGUACCGCUGGAUCUGACCAGAGAACCAUCAGAAAACUUCCGUGAAAUCCUUCAAAAUGUGGCCAAACCGCACGGAGUCAGUAACAUGCGAAAACUGGGCCACCUGAAUAACUUCAUAAAGCUGCUAUGCAGCAUUGGCCACCGUGAGGAAAACUUUGGGUUUACACACGAAGAAAUCAUCGUUUGUCUGCGACUAGCUCUUCUGAAUGAGGCCAAGGAAGUGCGUGCCGCAGGGUUGCGGGCGCUCCGCUACCUCAUCAGAGACACCAGCGUGCUGCAGAAGGUCCUCAGACUGCAGGUUGACUAUUUAAUAGCCAGAUGCAUUGACAUCCAACAGAGCAAUGAAGGGGAGAGGACUCAGGCUCUGAGACUAGUACGAAAGAUUAUCACUGUCAAUGCAAUGCUGUUCCCCACCUCUAUUGCAAACUCUCUAAUUGCUGUGGGCACUGAUGGACUACAGGAGAGAGACCGUAUGGUCCGUGCGGCCAUUGCCAUUGUAUGCGAGUUAGCCCUGAAGAACCCAGAGGUGGUGGCCAAACGAGGAGGCCUCAGCACCAUCCUGAAGAGUGUGAUUGACUGUCAGCUGAGUCGUAUCAACGAAGCACUGAUCACCACCAUCCUCCACCUACUCAACCACCCACGUACCCGUCAGUACGUGCGCAUUGACGUCGAGCUGGAGCAAAUCCUCGCCCCUUUCACAGAUUUUCACUACCGUCACAAUGCAGACACGGCUGAAGGGCAACUCAAGGAGGACAGAGAGGCCCGUUUCUUGUCUAGUAGAAUGGCCAUAGUGGCCGCCUUUCGCUCCUGGUCUGGGAUUAUCAACCUAUGCAAGGCCGGAAAUCCUGGAAUCCAAUCUUUAAUUGGCUUACUUUGCAUACCAAAUAUGGAAGUUAGGAAAGGCUUGUUGGAGGUGUUAUAUGAGAUAUUCAGGCUCCCUGUGCCCAUUGUAACUCAAGACUUCACAGAAGCUCUUCUCAGUGUUGACCCUGCCAGGUUCCAGGACACCUGGAGACUCUCUGAUGGGUUUGUUGCUGCUGAGGCCAAAGUCAUCUUACCCCAUCGGGCCCGCUCAAGGCCCGAUCUGAUGGACAACUACCUGGGAUUUGUCCUGUCUGCCUUUAUCACCAGUGGGCUGUUAGAGGGUCUUGUUGAAGUUGUGACUAGUAGCGAUGACCAGCUCGCUAUCAGAGCAACCAUCCUGUUGGGAGAACUUCUACACAUGGCAAACACCAUCCUUCCUCAUUCCCACAGUCACCACCUGCACUGCCUUCCCACCCUCAUCAACAUGGCAGCCUCUUUUGACAUCCCCCAGGAGAAACGACUUCGGGCGAGUGCAGCAGUCAACAAUCUGAAGCGUUUCCAUGAGAAGAAGAAGAAAGGUUUGAAACCACACAGUCUUUACCUGGACCACAUCAUCCGCAAGUCUGUGUCUUCCCAUAACCGCAGAGAGUCGCACUCGCGUGUCCACAGGGACAUCUAUGUCAUUAAGGACACAGAAGAAGCUCUGAUGAUGAACCUGAGAGACAGUCACAUUCUCAACCACAAGCAGAACCUGGAGUGGAACUGGUUGCUUAUUGCCACCAUCCUUAAGUGGCCAAAUGUAAACCUCAGGAACAACAAAGACGAACAGAUGCACAAGUUUGUGCGGAGGCUGCUGUACUUUUAUAAGCCCAGUAGUAAACUGUACGCAGGGCUGGCGCUGGAUCACGUAAAAGCCAGACAACUGACUGUGGUUGGUUGUCAGUUUGUUGAGUUCCUCAUGGACUCAGAUGAGGAUGGCCAGGGUUACCUGGAGGACCUGGUGAAGGACAUGGUGUCAUGGCUCUCCUCGUCCUCAGGACUGAAGCCCGAGCGCUGUCUGCAGAGUAACGGCCUGCUCACCACACUCAGCCAACACUACUUCCUCUUCCUGGGGACACUCUCUGCUCACCCACAGGGAGUCAAACUGCUGGAGAAAUGUGGCCUGUUUCAGUGCCUGCUGAAUCUGUGCUCUGUGAAGAACCAGGACGCUGUGCUGAAACUUGCUGUAUCCACACUGGAUUACAGCAGAGAUGGUCUAGCCAGAGUGAUCCUCUCCAAGAUCCUCACUGCUGCUACUGAUACAUGUCGGCUAUAUGCCACCAAACACCUCCGUGUGCUGCUGCGUGCGGGCGUGGAGUUCUUCAGUAGCUGGGGCAUGGAGCUGCUGGUUACGCAGCUUCACGACCACAGCAAGGCGGUGUCCAUGGAGGCCCUGGACAUACUGGACGAAGCCUGCGAGGAUAAGGCCAACCUUCAUGCUCUAAUCCAGCUCAAACCAGCUCUAUCCCACCUGGGAGACAAAGGCCUCCUGCUGCUCCUCAGGUUCCUGUCCAUUCCUAAAGGUUUCUCCUACCUCAAUGAGAGGGGUUACGUCAGCAAACAGCUGGAUAAAUGGCAGAAGGAAUACAACCUUAAGUAUGUGGACCUGAUAGAGGAGCAGCUCAACGAAGCACUAACAACCUACCGCAAACCUGUUGAUGGAGACAACUACGUCAGACGCAGCAACCAAAGGUUACAAAGACCAAAUGUAUAUCUCCCAGUGCACUUGUAUGGUCAGCUGGUCCAUGAUAAGACAGGCUGUCAUCUUUUGGAGGCUCAGAGUGUGGUUCCUGACCUCAGCUACACAGUUCGCUCCCCGAUGCUGGACACCUGGGAAGGCAUUAAACAGCUGAAGGCUGCUCUCUGGGCACUGGGCAACAUUGGUUCUUCAAACUGGGGUCUGAAUCUCCUGCAGGAGGAGAAUGUCAUCCCUGACAUCCUCACAUUGGCUCAGCACUGUGAGGUGCUGUCAGUACGAGGGACAUGUGUUUAUGUGCUGGGUGUGAUCUCUAAGACCAGGCAGGGCUGUGAGGUGCUGAAGCAGUACGGUUGGGAUGCGGUCAGACACAGUCGCAGGACAUUGUGGCCUGUCACUCCAGAUGAAGUCGACACACAGCUGACCUCUGAACUGUCCUCAGUGCCGAGCACGCUCAGUCUGAACUCUGAAUCCACCAGCUCGCGCCACAACAGCGAGAGCGAGUCUCAGCCAAACAUGUACAUCCUGGACGAUGACAAGUGUGAUGCUCUGGACCAGUCGGACGAGUCCUCUUUAUAUCUACACCCCAAACCAGUCAAGGACCGCAGCCCCUUCACCAUCCUGGCCUCCACACGCUUUGUUCGCACCCGCCUCCUCAAUUCCCUGUCCCUUCCUAGCAAGAAGCUGCGCUCCACCAGUGACCCCAAGACCCCGUCGGGCUCUCGCACCCCGACUGAACUCAAGACGGGGAGUAUGAGGCGGAACAGGACGGUGACAGAACCGUCAGUCUACAGCCCAAACCAGGGGGACGUCUUCGCCCCUGUGUUUAAUGGCAGAGGAAUGCAGAAGAGUCCCACAGUGAGCCUGGAGACUUCCUUUGUCGGGAACAGGGGGGGCUCUGAGGAGCACCUUGUGGAUGGAAGGCUGGCUAGGGGAGGAGGCUCAGGCCUGGGACUCAGUGGUCUAGGAGGGCACGGGGCCGUUGAGCACCCCAGCCGAGAGAGGGAGCAAAGCAGCCGAGAGCGUCUGGCAGGAGGAGAUGGUGGCUCCUCUUCCAGUGGAGGCAACGUGGGAAGCGGCGGAGGAGGCGGCGGAGGUACGCAAUUUAAAAGCCGCAGUCAGAGCUUUAACACAGACACCACAACCAGCGGCAUCAGCUCCAUGAGCUCCAGCCCCUCCAGGGAGACUGUUGGAAACCCAGAGCAUCCCGAACCUGAACCGGACUCCUCUGACUGUGUGAGCCUCAACACAGUGGUGUCCGCCAAGACUGUCAAAACGCUCUCCUCCCUCACCCCCCAGGCUCAGACCAACCACAUGUCAAUGUCAAAGUCCUCCACUGUCUCUCUGGUACCUCCCGGCUCCUCACACACUCUCCCUCGCCGAGCUCAGUCUCUUAAGUCUCCUUCAGUAACCACCAUCAAGAGCCUGGCUGACUGUAGCUUCAUGUACACCAGCCCAAGAGACGCACUGGGCUAUGCUACGUUGAAGAGGCUGCAGCAGCAGAGGAUACACCCGUCUUUGUCUCACAGUGAAGCGCUGGCUUCGCCCGCCAAAGACGUGCUGUUCACCGACACUAUCACUAUGAAGACCGGCAGCCUGGACUCCAGAUUAACACCUCGCAGGAUAUCAGAUAGGAGGGGCACGUGUCCAGAACCCAACGUCUUAAGCCCAUACCGCAGACUGUCCAGAACAUUCGUACCGUGGUUUCUGAAAGCUCUGAGCUUCGCCUCUCUGGAUAAAGAGGAGCUACUCAGUCCCAUCAACCAAAGCACCCUUCACCGCUGCUCUUCAGUGCGCUCCAUGGUCUCUAGUGCCACCUUUGGGUGCAACGAUGACUACAUUGGCCUAGCACUGCCCAUGGACAUCAACGAUAUGUUCCACAUCAGAGACUCGGCCUACUUUCAGCAGAGGAUCAGCCCGCCGUCUGAAGAGCGAAAACGUUUCCUCUUCGGCGAUGGAGAUGGUGAUCGCCCUGCUCUCCCAGUACUAAAACAGCAGUUCAGUAUCUCUGAGCUGAUUGUUUGCCGAGGUGACAGCCAGAACCACACGGUGGGUUCAGAGGAGACGGGACUGCAGGAUCACACCGAAGAAAACUGCCUCUACUGUGUUGGAUCGAUGGUCCUCGGAUACCCCACACAGCCACAGAUCAACAGCACACACCCUCGGACGGACUAUGUCGACUUCCCGUCAUGGGGAGGCCAGAGUGGCCAUCGUCUGGAGGUGAUGCCUCAGUCCAAGUUCUCUGGGGUGUCAGGCUGCAGCGACGCUGCUGUGUCACAAGGCUCAAUCUGUAGCACGCCCACACCUGGUGACAUCGUCAUCGGUGGAAAAGCGAUAUCAGAAGACGGCCCCGCCUCUCGAGUCUUGCUGAGGAAGGAGGUGCUCCGCCUCAUCAUCAACCUCAGCUCCUCUGUAGGAACCAAAGGCCACGAAACAGGACUACUGACGAUAAAGGAGAAGUUUUCAUAUGCGUUUGACGACAUCUGCCUGUACUCCGAGGUUUCUCACCUCUUAGCUCACUGUAUGUUUCGCUUGACCUCAAGACGUUUCAUACAGGAACUCUUCCAGGAUGUGCAAUUCAUGCCAAUGUAUGAGGAAGCAGAGGCAAUCCUGACAAAACUACCAAAACCUGUCGAAGAGGAUAUUGAUCCUCCUACAGAAUCCUGAUCAUCCUCCCUGCUUCUGUGUUCCCUGCACAGUACCGGUCCUGCCACCCUACAAACAUGGGACGACACAAAACUGAGAGAAAUUAAGUUAUGGCUGUUAGGAUGGGGAAACGUUUGGCAUGCUUCUGUUGCUCAAAACAGAAUACCGUAGCCAAGGAUGAGGAGGAGGUGGUCAUCGCUCACCUUUCUUCUAGCAACUACGAGCUGGAAACAAAGGACGUCAGUAUCUGUACACAAAAUUUAACCCGACACGCCUAAUGCUGUCUCAGACUUUUUUUUUUUCUUUUUUUUUUUAAACAGGAAAAAGGGGGAGCAGUUUAACCAAAUACUGUUUUCAGAUGGGGUUGGCAAUCUUGAGCAACACUCAAUAAUACAUCAACAUAAUGCUUAAGGACGAGCUGGAUCAUUAAGACAAAGACUCACGCUGUGUUUUAAAAGAAAAAAAGAAAAAAAAGAAAAAAAUCUAUCAACAUUUUAUCUCUUUCCAGAGGUGGUGUUUUCCUGUAAUGAAAUGAAUAAGGCAUGUUGUUGUGUCUACCCAGUGAUUCCUCGGACCCUGCGUUCUCUUCUCCUUACGAAAUAAAACACUACAGAGGAGUCCUACUGUUUUUAAAAAAACGUAUCUGGAGCCUUCCUGGUUUAUAUUCCACCCUGACCUGUGAUCUGUUCUAGCCAGAUAUGUGCUUUUGCUUCUCUUGCCUCACCACUUCCUACAACCUGUAGCCUCUUGUCAGCACAGACAGCCAAUUACUUUUCUAUUUCUUGUAUCUCAGACAAUCAAACAUCACUAGUAUUGUAUUUUCUAAAGCACUAUCUAUACCACCCUUACACAGUACACGAGGAGAAUAGCAUGCGAUUUAAUGCUAGUUUAUGCCAUCCUUUACUUCCUUAGGACCUUUAAUGUUUUUCUUCAGCCAUUGCAUUAUUAGUAAGCUUCUCAGGAGGCGGGUUGAUCUUUGGAGAAAUGCUCGGUUGUACAAGUUAUCUGUAGAAUGAAUCAUUACAGAUUAAGUACCAAACUCUGCUCACAGACGUUUCCAAAACCUGCAUAAGCCCAGCAGCUACCCGACUCUAUGCCUUCUUACCUCUGUGCUUCACCUCCACUGCAUGUGCAACAAGCAUGGCAAAGUUGUAACGUCACCUUAACGCGUUUCUUGCUUGUAAAACUUUAAGAAAAAAAUAGGUUGCCAUUACAUGCUGCCAUUACAUUGUAGAAAUAUAAUUACCCCCUCAACUGUUUCCACAAUGCAAUAUCACUGUCUGUCAUUGGCUGAGAUGGGGGGGGGGGUGCGAUGACUUAAGGAUUUGUAAAAGGUUUCCAGGGAAACAGGGAUCUCUGUUUCCAUUGGCUUGUUUUUGCUAUAAUGCUGCUACAAAAAUGGACUCAUAGAGAGAUGAUUCAUAGAUCAGCUGAGUGAUGUCAGAUCCGAUCUAUUUAUUAUAUGUCUGUACCAUAGAGUGAGCUCAACCAGAGAAGAAAAAAAGUUAUUUAUAUUUUUUCCUCAAGACUGUAUUAUAAUUUAAAAAGUUUUUUUUCUUUUUUCUUUUUUUUUUUUUUUUGCCUGAAUCGUGGUUUCCCUUGUAUAAUGUGUACAGUAUGUUUUGGGGGGCAUUGAUGACCUAAAGAAACAUACAAUCCUAUCAAAGGGAUGCAUUGUUAAUAAAACAAAAUUUGAAAUACCCAAGAUAUUUGAAAUAUCUUUCUUCUUUG